CACUCGUGCGUAACUCCUCCUCCUCUAAUCACGCUGCCAUCGGGAGGGCAAGGGCAACUAGGGUUCCAACUUCCCCUCCUACCACUCAAGCAGUCAGUCCCGGCCAGCCGUGCCCUAUGCCAGACUCUCGCCUCCUCAUCCCGGCCUUUCCCCCGUCUUCUGCCGAAUUCCCGUUGCCCCGACCAGAUAAUGAUAUGGAGUCAGUCAUUGGUCGCAUAUCUCCGUCGGUCCGUACAAGUCUAUGGGAUGGUGUGAUCAAACUUCAGAAAAUCACGGUGUUUGUGCUCGCCUUUUUUAGAAGUGGGGAAAAAAUUCAAGAUAUUGUCUGGCCGAAAACCAUAGAAAUUGAAGGAAGAGUGAAAUGGGGGGAUUUUAAAAAAUUCCUCAAGGAUCUUCGUCACUCUCAAAACCGGUCGAUAAUGGUAAUUUCCCUGUGCUUGAAUGCUGGGUCUUUGAAAGAUGGCUUAAAGGGAACGAAGGAGGUUGCAGACAAAUUAAAAGUGAACAAAAGAAUUGGUUUAGCAACAAUAGAAGAUGAUACAUGUAUUUAUGUAUGUCCCGGACAGAAGGAGAUAAUAACAGUCCUUCAAAAAUAUGGUUUCUGGGAAGGCGCGUCAACAGUCGAUACAAACCAAGACUCGUUAAUCGGUUUUGUUGUACGGGACCGAAUAUCACCGGUAAACACAAGCAAGGGAGAGAUAAGCAUUGACAAAAUACAAGAAAUUGGGGGCACUCAUGUGGAAGCACAACAAGUGAUAUAUGAUCAACGAUCAUACCCUGUUCACCCUCUUCAUGUUCCAGUAGAUGAUGGCAUAUAUUUUCGGCCUCCUCCUCUGGUACUAGCAGAGCAAGGCGCAUAUCCUUCAUGUCCUCCUCCUGGACUACUAAGUCAUGACUUUCAUGCUCGGCAUCCUCCUCCUGGACUACCAGGUCAAGGGUUACAUCCUCGACAUCCUCCUCAUGCCCCAGAAUGUCAAGGCGUCUUUCACUCGCAUGCUCCUUGCGCAAGAGACCAAGGUUUCAUUUCCCAUCGUCCACCCAAUUUUGCACCAGGAUAUUUGAGUCCCUCAACUGGUCAUGGAAACAACAAUGGUUCAUUACACUUGAGGCCACCUAGCGGUUCUGCUCCUGGUCAUGUGUGGCCUCCCAUGUUGCACCCAAGGUCCGGGGAUGAUCGUUAUGGUUUUGAAGGAUCGAAAGGUUUCUCUCGCUCUAGCUCCACAUAUUACUCUAGAUACGACAAUGGCUCAGGUAGCAGGCCUCGCAACUAAAGUCAUUGAUGAAAGUGUAGCCUUGUCCCAAACAACAUUCUGAAUGAUUUAUCUUAGAUUGGUGUAUUCAGAAGUACAAGCCAGACACCAAGACAUGGAUUCUUGUUUCCUUUUCCUUUUGGACAAGUUACUCCCAAUAUCUGCAGAACAGAAUUUUUGAUGUGUACAAUGAUGUAUUACUAUGUUCCAACUGGCAUUGCUUCAUGUAUCUUAAGAUUUGGUGCUCAA